AUGGCUAUCAACAUCGGUAUUAACGGUUUCGGCAGAAUUGGUCGUCUCGUCUUGAGAAUCGCCCUCUCCAGAUCUGACAUCAACGUCGUUGCUGUCAACGAUCCAUUCAUUGCCCCAGACUAUGCUGCUUACAUGUUCAAGUACGACUCUACCCACGGUCGUUUCAAGGGUGAGGUGACUUCUGAGGAUGACAAGUUGGUCAUUGACGGCCACAAGAUCACCGUUUUCGGUGAGAGAGACCCAGCCUCCAUUCCAUGGGGUAAGGCCGGUGUUGACUUCGUCAUUGAGUCCACUGGUGUCUUCACCACCUUGGACGGUGCCCAGAAGCACAUUGACGGUGGUGCCAAGAAGGUUAUCAUUACCGCCCCAUCCUCUGACGCCCCAAUGUUCGUUGUUGGUGUCAACGCUGACAAGUACGAGGGCCAGUCUAUCGUGUCUAACGCUUCUUGUACCACCAACUGUUUGGCUCCAUUGGCCAAGAUCAUCAACGACACCUUCGGUAUUGAGGAGGGUUUGAUGACCACUGUCCACUCCAUUACCGCCACCCAGAAGACCGUUGACGGUCCAUCCCACAAGGACUGGAGAGGUGGCCGUACUGCCUCUGGUAACAUCAUUCCAUCUUCCACCGGUGCUGCUAAGGCCGUUGGUAAGGUUAUCCCAGAGUUGAACGGUAAGUUGACCGGUAUGUCUUUGAGAGUUCCAACCGUCGACGUUUCCGUUGUUGACUUGACCGCCAGAUUGAAGAAGCCAGCUACUUACGAGGAGAUCUCUGCUGCUAUCAAGAAGGCUUCUGAGGGUGAGUUGAAGGGCAUUAUGGGCUACACUGAGGACGCUGUUGUCUCCACUGACUUCUUGGGCUCCAACUACUCUUCCAUCUUCGACCAGAAGGCCGGUAUCUUGUUGUCCCCAACUUUCGUCAAGUUGAUCUCUUGGUACGACAACGAGUUCGGUUACUCCACCAGAGUCGUUGACUUGUUGGAGAUUGUCGCCAAGCACCAA